AUGUUGUCAAAGAAGUGGAACGCAAGCAAACAGAUCUCUAGGCAGAUCUACCAGCUGUAUAGAGGGGUGGUCAACAAGACCUCUACGAUGAGUUUGGAGGAGGCGAAACCCUAUGCUGAUAUUCCGGGGCCAAGCAAAUUGCAAUUAAUGCGAGCUUUCCUGCCGGGCGGUCGCUAUAGGAAUGUGCCGGUUCACGAAAUGUUUCUCGACAUGAACCGCCAAUAUGGCAGUAUCUUUCGGAUGCCGAGUAUUGCAGGUACCGACUUGGUACUCACCAUGAAUCCCAAGGACUAUGAGACUGUCUUUCGAAAUGAGGGUCAGUAUCCUUAUAGAAGGAGCUUCGAGGUUAUGGACUACUUCAAGCAGGUUCACAGGCGGGAGGUUUUCGAUGGCUACGAUGGUCUGACCUCGGGAAACGGUCCGGCUUGGGGAAAAAUGCGAACAGCUGUGAAUCCAAUUCUCCUUCAACCUCGGAAUGCCAAGCUGUAUAUGAAAAAUUUACUGGAAGUCAGUGAUGAGUUUCUUGAACGCAUUCGUAAGAUUCGUGACCCUGUGACCCAAGAGAUGCCGGAAGACUUUGCCGUGGACAUUCGGCAUUUGGUGAUCGAAUCGAUUUGCUCCGUCUCCCUGAACACACAUAUUGGUUUGUUGGGAGAGCAGCGGGAUAAUAAGGAUGUUAAGAAGCUAGUCUCAGCUCUGCAAGAUGUGGUGGAGUUGGGUUUCCAGCUGGACAUGAUGCCGGCCUUUUGGAAAUAUUUGCCCAUGCCUAGUUUUAAGAAACUAAUGCGUUCCCUGGAUACUAUUACGGACUUUUGCUAUUUCCAUAUAGAGAACGCUUUGAAGAGAAUCGAAGAGGAUGCCAAGGCGGGGAAACUCACAGAGAUUGGUUUGGAGACCAGUCUCCUGGAGAAAUUGGCACGUUUUGAUCGUCAAACAGCUGUGAUUAUAGCUAUGGACUUGCUGUUUGCUGGAGCGGAUCCGACCCUAGUAUCCCUAGCUGGAAUUCUGCUGAGCCUAUCCAAGAAUCCUGACAAACAGGCUCGACUGCUAGAGGAGAUCAGAGGAAUACUACCCAACAAGGACUCACCGCUGAGCAUGGAAAACAUGAACAAUAUGCCCUAUUUGAGGGCCUGCAUCAAGGAGGGCAUUCGCAUGUAUCCCAUAGGUCCGGGAACUCUUCGCCGAAUGCCCCACGAUGUGGUGCUCAGCGGCUAUAGGGUUGUGGCCGGAACGGAUGUGGGCAUGGCGGCCAAUUACCAGAUGGCCAACAUGGAGGAGUUUGUGCCCAAGGUUCGAGAGUUUAUCCCAGAGCGUUGGCUGCGCGAUGAAUCCAAUUCAAAUUCACACUUGGUGGGCGAUACUGCCACGCCCUUCAUGUAUCUGCCUUUUGGAUUCGGGCCAAGAGCUUGUGCUGGCAAGAGGAUCGUGGAUAUGAUGCUGGAGAUAGCCAUUUCCCGGUUAGUAAGAAACUUUCAGAUCGGAUUUGAAUAUCCCAUCGAAAACGCCUUUAAGGCCAGGUUCUUUGUGCAGCCAAAUAUUCCCUUCAAGUUUAAGUUUGUAGAACGCAGUAAUUAAUGUCUGUGAUCCUUAAAAAUUAUAAAUUUUCCUAAGCGUACUCAGAAGUAUACAUAAAUAUAAAUAAUUGAAUUAUUACCAUUGGUAUAACCUUAAUUUGCUAAUAACUUACAAAUAGUUUUUUUUACAACAUACUUUAAAAAAUA